AGAAAGCCAACAUCACUCACUCUGGGUCAGGGCACCAUGCCAUUCGCUUUAAGUGCAUUUACUUAAUCCUCAAAAAAGUAUUAAGAAGUGAGUCCUAUUAUUAACCUGACUCUACACACCAGAGGUCUAAGGCCUAAAGAAAUGACCAAUUUGUUUAAGAUCAUACGGCUGGUUAUUGGCGGAGUCAUGCAAGUCUGGAAACAGUCUAACUUCGGUUCUGGGCUACACGAGUGAACUGUCAGUCUACAACAACGCAGUAACAUAUUGAGUGCCCACAGCAUCGAACACAUACGGCAGCCGCAGUCCAGCCAGUACCUGUGCAGUGCCCAGAAUACCAAGCACCCAACUGGUAACCCCACACGCGUGACGCUCACGCUCGCCGUCCGUCUGGCUUCUUCCUGGAAGACUGAAGUGGCCUAAUCUCGGCCAAAUGAUCAGGACGACUCGAUCUGGGCCAGACUCCUUCUGCCUGAACACCUGAUCCGAGCGUCGUGCGGGCUGGGAGGAGCCGGCCUCCGGGAAAGAUUGAGGAUUGGCGGACAGGAAAACAGAGGGCGGAGUCUGGGGGGGAAGCGAGAAGCCGCAACAAACUGGUAAGCAGCUUCGCUUCCUGCCGCAACUGUUAGCGGCCUCAGGAGCACAUCACCGCGCUCGGGUGCCGACUUCUGGGGGUUGAGCCGGUGAAACGGUGACUGGGGUGGAGGGCAGCCGGCGCGGCCGGGGCGGGAGGCGCAGACUCAUGAAAUGGCCACAGAUGAUAAGACGUCCCCAACACUGGAUUCUGCUAAUGAUUUGCCUCGAUCUCCCACUAGUCCUUCUCAUCUCACACACUUUAAACCUUUGACUCCUGAUCAAGAUGAGCCCCCUUUUAAAUCAGCUUAUAGUUCUUUUGUAAAUCUCUUUCGUUUUAACAAAGAAAGAGCAGAAGGAGUCCAGGGAGAACAGCAGCCUUUGAGUGGAAGUUGGACCAGCCCUCAGCUCCCUUCAAGGACACAAUCUGUUAGGUCACCCACACCUUAUAAAAAACAGCUUAAUGAGGAACUCCAGCGGCGCUCUUCAGCAUUAGCAGAGAACAGUUUGCAACAUCCCCAGGAGAACACAGACACAAGAAGGAAAGCAGAACCUACCUUUGGAGGUCAUGACCCUCGUACAGCUGUUCAGCUUCGAAGCCUCAGCACAGUAUUAAAACGCCUCAAGGAAAUCAUGGAGGGGAAAAGCCAGGAUAGUGACCUGAAACAAUACUGGAUGCCAGAUAGCCAAUGUAAAGAGUGCUAUGACUGUAGUGAGAAAUUUACAACCUUUAGGCGCAGACACCAUUGCCGACUAUGUGGGCAGAUUUUCUGCAGUCGUUGCUGUAACCAAGAAAUCCCUGGAAAAUUUAUGGGCUAUACAGGAGACCUCCGAGCUUGCACAUAUUGUAGAAAAAUAGCCUUAAGUUAUGCUCAUUCCACAGACAGUAAUUCUAUUGGGGAAGACUUGAAUGCCCUUUCAGAUUCUACUUGCUCUGUGUCUGUACUUGAUCCAAGUGAACCCCGAACACCUGUUGGGAGUAGGAAAGCCAGCCGUAACAUAUUUUUAGAGGAUGAUUUGGCCUGGCAAAGUUUGAUUCAUCCAGAUUCCUCAAAUACUCCUCUUUCAACAAGACUUGUAUCUGUGCAAGAGGAUGCUGGGAAAUCUCCUGCUCGAAAUAGAUCAGCCAGCGUUACUAACCUGUCACUGGAUAGAUCUGGUUCUCCUAUGGUACCUACAUAUGAGACAUCUGUCAGUCCCCAGGCUAACCGAACAUAUGUUAGGACAGAGACCACUGAAGAUGAACGCAAAAUUCUUCUGGACAGUGUUCAGUUAAAAGACCUGUGGAAGAAAAUCUGCCAUCACAGUAGUGGAAUGGAGUUUCAGGAUCACCGCUACUGGUUGAGAACGCAUCCAAACUGCAUUGUAGGAAAGGAAUUAGUCAACUGGCUAAUCCGAAAUGGGCACAUUGCCACAAGGGCACAAGCUAUAGCAAUUGGACAAGCAAUGGUUGAUGGACGUUGGCUGGAUUGUGUUAGCCAUCAUGACCAGCUUUUCAGAGAUGAGUAUGCGCUGUAUAGACCACUGCAGAGUACAGAAUUUUCUGAGACACCUUCUCCAGACAGCGACUCGGUGAACUCCGUGGAAGGACAUUCUGAGCCAUCGUGGUUUAAAGACAUAAAGUUUGAUGACAGUGACACAGAACAGAUAGCUGAAGAAGGUGACGAUAAUUUGGCUAAUUCUGCCAGUCCUAGCAAGCGCACAUCAGUCAGCAGUUUCCAGUCCACAGUGGACAGUGACUCAGCCGCUUCUAUCAGCCUGAACGUGGAGCUGGACAACGUGAACUUCCAUAUCAAGAAGCCCUCCAAGUACCCACAUGUGCCCCCUCACCCUGCUGACCAAAAAGAGUAUUUGAUUUCUGACACUGGAGGACAACAGCUCUCAAUAAGCGACGCUUUCAUCAAAGAAUCGUUAUUUAAUCGUCGAGUAGAGGAAAAAUCCAAAGAGCUGCCUUUCACACCUUUGGGCUGGCAUCAUAACAACCUGGAGCUCCUGAGGGAGGAGAAUGGGGAGAAACAAGCCAUGGAGAGGUUGCUUUCAGCUAAUCAUAACCACAUGAUGGCACUACUCCAGCAGUUGCUCCAUAGUGAUUCACUGUCAUCCUCUUGGAGGGACAUCAUUGUGUCAUUGGUCUGCCAGGUUGUUCAGACAGUCCGACCUGAUGUGAAGAACCAGGAUGAUGACAUGGAUAUCCGUCAGUUUGUCCACAUCAAAAAAAUCCCAGGUGGAAAGAAGUUUGAUUCUGUGGUUGUCAAUGGCUUUGUUUGUACCAAGAACAUUGCACAUAAAAAGAUGAAUUCUUGUAUUAAAAACCCUAAAAUUCUUCUGUUGAAGUGUUCCAUUGAGUAUCUUUACAGAGAAGAAACUAAGUUUACUUGCAUUGAUCCUAUUGUGCUUCAGGAAAGGGAAUUCUUGAAGAAUUAUGUUCAGCGAAUAGUUGAUGUUCGACCCACCUUGGUUCUAGUUGAGAAAACAGUUUCUCGGAUUGCCCAGGACAUGUUAUUGGAACAUGGCAUUACUUUGGUCAUUAAUGUAAAAUCACAAGUUUUGGAACGAAUCAGUCGUAUGACCCAAGGUGAUUUAGUGAUGUCAAUGGACCAGCUGCUUACGAAACCACACCUGGGCACUUGUCACAAAUUUUAUAUGCAGAUAUUUCAGUUGCCUAAUGAACAAACCAAGACGCUGAUGUUUUUUGAAGGCUGUCCACAGCACCUAGGCUGUACAAUCAAGCUUAGAGGAGGCUCUGAUUAUGAGCUGGCCCGAGUUAAGGAGAUCCUAAUAUUUAUGAUCUGUGUCGCUUAUCAUUCUCAAUUAGAAAUUUCCUUCCUUAUGGAUGAAUUUGCUAUGCCUCCCACGUUAAUGCAAAACCCUUCAUUCCAUUCCCUGAUUGAGGGACGAGGGCAUGAGGGGGCUGCACAAGAGCAGUACAGCGGAGGUUCCCUCCCCUGGGAUCCUGACAUUCCUCCUGAGUCUCUGCCCUGUGAUGAUAGCAGUCUGCUGGAAUCAAGGAUUGUGUUUGAGAAGGGUGAGCAGGAAAAUAAAAAUGUGCCCCAGGCUAUUGCCUCUUUGAAGCAUCAAGAACAUACCACAACAGCUUGCCCAGUGGGUCUCCCUUGUGCUUUCUUUCCACCUGUACCGGAAUCAUUGUUGCCACUUCCUGUGGAUGACCAACAGGAUGCAUUAGGCAGUGAGCAGCCAGAGACUUUGCAGCAAGCAGAUGUGCUGCAGGAUCCCAAAAGCCAGAUGAGAGCUUUUAGAGACCCUCUGCAGGAUGACACUGGAUUAUAUGUUACUGAGGAAGUCAUCUCCUCUGAAGAUAAACGAAAGACUUAUUCUUUGGCCUUUAAGCAGGAAUUAAAAGAUGUGAUCCUCUGUAUCUCCCCGGUAAUCACAUUCCGAGAACCCUUCCUUUUAACUGAAAAGGGGAUAAGAUGCUCUACCCGAGAUUAUUUUGCAGAGCAGGUUUACUGGUCUCCUCUCCUCAAUAAAGAAUUCAAAGAAAUGGAGAACAGGAGGAAGAAACAGCUGCUCAGGGAUCUCUCUGGACUUCAGGGCAUGAAUGGAAGUAUUCAGGCCAAGUCUAUUCAAGUCUUACCCUCACAUGAGCUAGUGAGCACUAGAAUUGCUGAGCAUCUGGGCGAUAGCCAGAGCUUGGGUAGAAUGCUGGCCGACUAUCGAGCCAGAGGAGGAAGAAUUCAGCCAAAAAAUUCAGACCCUUUUGCUCAUUCAAAGGAUGCAUCAAGCACUUCAAGUGGCAAAUCAGGAAGCAAAAACGAGGGUGACGAAGAGAGAGGGCUUAUUCAGAGUGAUGCUCUGUGGUCAACAAAGGUAGACUGUCUGAAUCCCAUUAACCACCAGAGACUUUGUGUGCUCUUCAGCAGCUCUUCUGCCCAGUCCAGCAAUGCUCCUAGUGCCUGUGUCAGUCCAUGGAUUGUAACAAUGGAAUUUUAUGGAAAGAAUGAUCUUACGUUAGGAAUAUUUUUAGAGAGAUACUGUUUCAGGCCUUCUUAUCAGUGUCCAAGCAUGUUCUGUGAUACCCCCAUGGUACAUCACAUUCGGCGCUUUGUUCAUGGCCAAGGCUGUGUGCAGAUAAUCCUGAAGGAGUUGGAUUCCCCAGUACCUGGAUAUCAACAUACAAUUCUUACAUAUUCCUGGUGUAGAAUCUGCAAACAGGUAACACCAGUUGUUGCUCUUUCCAAUGAGUCCUGGUCUAUGUCAUUUGCAAAAUACCUUGAACUUAGGUUUUAUGGGCACCAGUAUACUCGCAGAGCCAAUGCUGAGCCCUGUGGUCACUCCAUCCAUCAUGAUUAUCACCAGUAUUUCUCCUAUAACCAGAUGGUGGCGUCUUUCAGUUAUUCUCCUAUUCGGCUUCUUGAAGUAUGUGUUCCACUCCCCAAAAUAUUCAUUAAGCGUCAGGCCCCAUUAAAAGUAUCCCUGCUUCAGGAUCUGAAGGACUUUUUUCAAAAAGUUUCACAGGUGUAUCUUGCCGUUGAUGAAAGACUUGCAUCUUUGAAAACUGAUACAUUUAGUAAAACAAGAGAGGAAAAAAUGGAAGAUAUCUUUGCACAGAAAGAGAUGGAAGAAGGCGAGUUCAAGAACUGGAUUGAGAAGAUGCAAGCAAGGCUCAUGUCUUCCUCUGUAGAUACCCCUCAGCAACUACAGUCGGUCUUCGAGUCACUUAUUGCCAAGAAACAAAGUCUCUGUGAAGUGCUGCAAGCUUGGAAUAACAGGUUGCAGGACCUUUUCCAACAGGAAAAGGGUAGAAAGAGACCUUCAGUUCCUCCAAGUCCUGGAAGACUGAGACAAGGGGAAGAAAACAAGAUAAGUGCGAUGGAUGCAUCUCCACGGAAUAUUUCUCCAGGACUUCAGAAUGGAGAAAAAGAGGAUCGCUUCUUAACAACUUUGUCCAGCCAGAGCUCCACCAGUUCUACUCAUCUCCAAUUGCCUACACCACCUGAAGUGAUGUCUGAGCAGUCAGUGGGAGGGCCCCCUGAGCUAGAUACAGCCAGCAGUUCCGAAGAUGUGUUUGAUGGGCAUUUGCUGGGAUCCACAGACAGCCAAGUGAAGGAAAAGUCAACUAUGAAAGCCAUCUUUGCAAAUUUGCUUCCAGGAAAUAGCUAUAAUCCUAUUCCAUUUCCUUUUGAUCCAGAUAAACACUACUUAAUGUAUGAACAUGAACGAGUGCCCAUUGCGGUCUGCGAGAAGGAACCCAGCUCCAUCAUUGCUUUUGCUCUCAGUUGUAAAGAAUACCGAAAUGCCUUAGAGGAAUUAUCUAAAGCGACUCUGUGGAACAGUGCCGAAGAAGGGCUUCCAGCAAAUAGUACUUUAGACAGCAGACCAAAGAGUAGCAGUCCUAUUAGAUUACCUGAAAUGAGUGGAGGGCAGACAAACCGUACAGCAGAAGCAGAACCACAACCAACCAAAAAGGCUUCUGGAAUGUUGUCCUUCUUCAGAGGGACAGCAGGGAAAAGCCCCGAUCUCUCUUCCCAGAAGAGAGAGACCUUACGUGGAGCAGAUAGUGCUUACUACCAGGUUGGGCAGACGGGCAAGGAGGGGACGGAGAAUCAAGGCGUUGAGCCUCAAGAUGAAGUAGACGGAGGAGAUACACAAAAGAAACAACUCAUAAAUCCCCAUGUGGAACUUCAAUUUUCUGAUGCUAAUGCCAAGUUUUACUGUCGGCUCUACUAUGCGGGAGAGUUUCAUAAGAUGCGUGAAGUCAUUCUGGGCAGCAGUGAGGAAGAUUUCAUUCGUUCCCUCUCCCACUCAUCACCCUGGCAGGCCCGGGGAGGCAAAUCAGGAGCUGCCUUCUAUGCAACUGAAGAUGAUAGAUUUAUUUUGAAGCAAAUGCCUCGUCUGGAAGUCCAGUCUUUCCUCGACUUUGCACCACAUUACUUCAAUUAUAUUACAAAUGCUGUUCAACAAAAGAGGCCCACAGCGUUGGCCAAAAUUCUUGGAGUUUACAGAAUUGGUUAUAAGAACUCUCAGAACAACACUGAGAAGAAGUUAGAUCUCCUUGUCAUGGAAAACCUUUUCUAUGGGAGAAAGAUGGCACAGGUUUUUGAUUUGAAGGGCUCUCUUAGGAAUCGGAAUGUAAAAACUGACACUGGAAAAGAGAGUUGUGAUGUGGUCCUGCUAGACGAAAAUCUCCUAAAGAUGGUUCGGGACAACCCUCUAUACAUUCGUUCUCAUUCCAAAGCCGUGCUGAGAACCUCCAUCCAUAGUGACUCCCAUUUCCUUUCUAGCCACCUCAUUAUAGAUUACUCUUUGCUUGUUGGGCGAGAUGAUACUAGCAAUGAGCUAGUAGUUGGAAUUAUAGAUUAUAUUCGAACGUUUACAUGGGACAAAAAGCUUGAGAUGGUUGUGAAAUCAACAGGAAUUUUAGGAGGACAAGGUAAAAUGCCAACAGUGGUGUCUCCGGAGUUGUACAGGACUAGGUUUUGUGAGGCAAUGGACAAGUAUUUCCUAAUGGUACCAGACCACUGGACAGGCUUGGGUCUGAAUUGCUGAAAUCAAGCACAUAUUUGGAAAUGGACUGUGAAGGAAAAGGGGACAGGAACAAAGGACCAAAAAUAAGCUACAUGUUUUAUUUCUUCAUCAUGUUCACUACUGUAUGCAAACUUUUCAGUUCUGUGGCUCUUUAGACUGUCCGUAAUGGAAUGGAAAAAAUCCAUGAAUUUGCACUUUGGUUUUUGAUUCCUGUGGAUUAGCUGUCUGUAGGUUGGGAAGUGGCAUGAAAAUUUUCUUACUUAAGCUAAAAUACAGACAUGUUUUAAAGGGCUAAAGUUGGAGACGAGUAGAUAGGGUGAAAAAUGGGUUGAAUUUGCUAACUUAAUUGUUUUAAGAAGAAAACAAUGUCUCAUAAAUUGACUCUCCUGGCAUCACAUUUGACACAUUACUCAGAAAGCAUUUGUAGAGCUGCUGAAUUUGUUUUGUGUUUUUCUGUCAUCAUUUAAUGUUACUUAUUAUCAGAAUUUCUGAAACUUUUACAGAAAUUCUGAUUUAUUCCAUUAACGGCCAGUUAAACGUUGGCAUUUAUUGUUUUAUUGAGGAAUUUGACUUAAACUGGGAAUCCUGUCAUGUUCUUUGUCUUCCCAUCUUGCAUGGUUUCGAGUAUGUUUGAUAUUUUUAAAAUUCUGUCUUCUCUGUGGAUGACAGGAGGCUACAGCUUUUUAAAGUCUUUUUUGGAGAUACUUUUAAAGCUUGUUUAAAACUUUUGUGCAAUUGAUAUAUUAGACUGCACUUACUUGCAUAUGCUCAUAUUCCAGGGUUUUUUCUCUAUUUUCAGGGUAUCAUAGUAAAUCAUUAGUAAAUGAGUCUGUAGUCACUAAACCUUAAUGGAAUAAUUAUUAAUGAAGGAUUUUUAAAAUAUAAAAAAAUAAAUUAGGCCCAAUCUAAGAAAUUGAGAAGGAAACUUUUUUUUUUUUUUUUUUUUUUUAAACAGAGGUAUAGUGUCUUUUCAAUAUAACCAGCAAUUUAAGUGGCAUCUAUAAAUUCAAAAAAUUUCCACAGUGGGCAUCCCCAUUUUCUAACUUUCUAUAUAUUGGCUAGUUCUGACUGCUGAGAAAUGUUAAAUAGGCCGGGUGUGGUGGCUCAUGCUUGUAAUACCAGCACUUUGGGAGGCUGAGGCCAGCAGAUCACCUGAGGUCAGGAGUUUGAGAGCAGCCUGGCCAACAUGGCGAAACCCUGUCUCCCUACUAAAAAUACAAAAAAUUAGCUGGGCGUGGUGGCACACUCCUGGCUACCGGGGAGGCCGAGGCAGGAGAAUUGUUUGAACCUGGGAGGUGGAGGCUGCAGUGAGCUAAGAUCGUGCCACUGCACUCCAGCCUGGGCGACAGAGAGAGACUCCAUCUCAAAAAGCAAAACAAAACAAAGAAAAUUAUUCUUUGUAAGGAACGUCUUGUUUAAUAGCAUUUUUGUUUAUUUUAAAAAGCGAUCAGAAGUUGUAAACUAUCUUUGAGGAAAUACUGCAACCCCAGAAUAUUUCCACUUGACUUCUAUUUUGUAACAAGGAUAAGUUAGGGAUUUAUAAAGUUGUAAGGAUUUCACUGUUUUCAGACUGCCUAUAAUAAUAGCACAUUAACCUUCACGUAAUAAGACAUCUGGACAAGUUUAGUUAUACAGUAUGAUGAAUAUUUUAAGUAGGAACAUUAUGGAAAGUUUGCUUUAGAGAAUGAAGGCAGUAGUUCAGUAUUUGGUGCUUAUUAAAAAUGUGGUUUGUUUUGAACUGGAAGCAAGUUGACCAAGGACUUAUGACUAAUGUGAUGCUAAGUUCCACUUGACCACUUUUAAAAAUGUGCAUGUGCCUUUUAAGAUACACAAAACACUGAUGAUUUUAGUUUUGAAAUCAAAGACUAUUAAAGGAACUGUACAGAGGUUAAAAAAAAUGUGGAACAUUAUUAACUACUUUGGUGUCCAGAGCAAUGGAUUUUGUAUCUGAUUUAAAAUGCCAACACUGUUUUGUCUCUGUUCAUUGUUUCUGGGAGGAUACGUAGGGUUAUUUAUCCUGUCCGUUUCCUGUACUCCUGUAGUCAAGAACACUUGAAGUACAAGGUGUCAUCCCCUAGCUGCAAUCAGGUUGUUUCUUUGUUUUUAGUUUCAGUUCUAUGUGCAUAGUAGGAAUUCACCAUGGGAAUGGCUUCUGACAAUAAUGUGUCCUGUUGAUUUUGUUUUCUGUGUCCAUGACUUGAAAAAACUGUGUUUUAAAGUACUGUUGCCUUGCUGCUUCGUAGGUAACUUUGUGGCAGAAAUUUUCAAUAUAACACAUUCUGAAGCAAUAGUUGCUGCCUUGCAAGGGUAAUCUCUCCUUUUAAAAUUGGACAGUAUUAAUGAAGGAGAAAUAUAAAAUUUAACUUCCUAUUGAGUGGUAGAACUGUAUGUCUGGUCCUUUGCUGCUCUUAUUUAGGCCACUAUCAUAGAUAUGAGAUAUUUCAAAUAUUGUGCUACUCAGUGUUAAGUAUUGAGUGACUGUUUUCCCUUCCUUCAAGGCCUAGAGCAUAUUAAUUCUGAAAAGUUAGGAAUGAGUAAGAAAUCUUAAUACUUCUUUCCUUAAAAUACAGUAUGAGUCCCAAGAAUAAUUGAUAGUAGCAAGAGAAAACUAUGCCAGUAACAUGUUACUUUGUAUAAAAAUCUUAUUUAUAAAUAUGAAGCUUUUUGAGGCCAUCAAAACUUAUUAAAAAAUAGGAAGGAUUUACUUUUUUCUAAUUCUGACCUAAGAAAAAUAAUGGGAACCAGCUGUUGCAAGCUCUUUUGUAAUCUAUUGAAUACUUUAUAGAUAUUCAAAAUUUCCUACAAACGAAUUUUUUCCAUGAUUUAGCAGUGAGUGGUUUUCUAGCUUUGGCUUUUAAUAGGCCUUGUAAACAGUAGGGUUAUAUUGACAUCAGCUUUUGUGAUGACUUUGUGGUCAUCAGCUUCAUGGCAUUUCACCCAUUUGCAGUGAGCUUGUGUAAAACUGCUAAGGAAAGCAAUUACCUGUAGAAGUUUGCUGAGCUUGAAGAGUGAAAGCUGUUGUAAGUGAGCCUGAUUGUAUAACCGGUCAGGCCAUUCAUUAUUCCUCAAGUGUUAAGAUACUGACUUAUGCAGUAUUCCAACCAUCUUGUUUUAAUACUUUUUUUUUUUUUUUUUUUUUUUUGUAACACAGGUGCAGUGUAUUAUAGAAAAAAUAAAAAUUACAAUCAUUAGCAGUUUUAUUAAUACUGCUGUGUCAGUUUUGUAAAAAAUGUACAUUAUGUCUUUUGACAGGUUGAAUUUUAAACUAGAGAAACGACAUUGUAAAUCAUAGUAGCCUCUCAAUGUAAUAUGAAAAAUGCAACUAUAUUGAAAGUACUUAAUGUAUUAUAUUGUAUAUAUUUCUCUACUUUGGUUCUAGCUAUUUUAUAUGAUUGACAUGUUAUUUAAAAGAUAACUGCCUUGAACUUUUGGAGACUUGUACCGUAAAUAAAGACUUAACAAUAAACUGAGCAUCUACUUACUCCA